AUUGAGAGCGCUUAUCAUUCAAAAUUGAAUAUCAAAACAAACAAGAUUCAAGGAAAGCCAAAGCUUUUCGUCCAACGUUGUUUCAAAACAAACAAAAAACUCAAAACCAAGUGAAAUUUUCUAUGAAAUUUUUCACUUUAAAAUAAUUGCAAAUCUGUGGUGUCAAUGAAUUUCCGAGCCGACACUAAAGCCAAGUUAAACGCUAAUUUGAGCCUUUCCAAACAUUUGUCAUCCAAAAAAGGUUCCCGUACCUCCAACUGCGGCAACAUUCUAGAGUUCUCCGUGCUAACUCGUCUACAUAGUGUACCUUGAUUCCCCUCCACACAUUCUCAACCAUCUGCAAUCUUAAAUCAAAAAAAACUUUGUCAAAAUGGUCCACAAGAAUCGUUCAUCUCACAAAUCCUGCCCCGUCAUUGAUGUCAGCCCCCAACGCAACUCAUUAUCGGUAUCGGCCAACAAAUAUGAAUUGUCCUCAAGCCCUCGUAUUGGUUAUAAACUAGAGGUACCCAGCCGCCCCAUUGGCUCCUCAUCGUCAUCGUCAGCAUCCUCAUCUAGUCUUUGGUAUUACAAUGACAUGAUCAAGAAUAAUCGUGAACAAUUCAAUAGUUUACAUUUUUGUUAAUUUUUUAAAAUAUAUAUUGUUGUAAAUUUAAUAUGCCAAAGUGUUAUACUGUUAUAAAAUGUCAUAACAAUUGUUUAAUGAAUUAAUUGAAAAUCAUUACAAAUCAA